AAUACAAAAAUAUAAAUUCAAUUGGGCCAACUCAAUCUACCAUAAUAAAGAUUCCUGUCAAACAUUAAAGAAUCUACAUAUUUUCACAUUUCCAACACCUUAUCCUCUGCAAAAAAAAAUUAAAAAAAUUCUUGAAUUAAUUCACACCCCCAAAAUAUCUUUCAAAAACUGUAUAAAUUGAGAGGGAGAACCCCAGAAUUUGUGGGCAUCAUCUUUCUUCAUCCCCCUAAUAAAGUGGAACAUUGCUUUUGAUUGAAGGGGGUUGAAGAUGGCACCUUUAUUUCUGGGUUUAUCUCUUCUAUUUCUGCUUGCACCUUCGGUUUUAGUAGCAGAAUCAGUUCCUGAGCUGAAGUUGAACUCCAACCUUCUCCAGGACUCAAUAGUUAAUUCGAUAAAUGCAAAUCCAAAGGCUGGAUGGAAGGCUGGCAUGAACCAGCAAUUAUCCGACUAUACACUUGGUCAAUUCAAGUACAUCUUAGGUGCUAGACCUACCCCAGAAAGUGAGAAGAGGAGCAUCCCUCUCGUGCAUCAUGACAGGUCGUUGAACUUGCCAAAGGAGUUCGAUGCCAGAAAAGCCUGGCCUCAGUGUACCUCUAUUGGCAGAAUUCUUGACCAGGGUCAUUGUGGUUCUUGUUGGGCAUUUGCUGCUGUUGAAGCCCUUUCAGACCGUUUCUGCAUCAAUUAUAGCAUGAACAUCACGUUGUCAGUUAAUGAUCUCUUGGCAUGCUGUGGAUUCUUGUGUGGAGCUGGAUGUGAUGGCGGGACGCCCAUCUAUGCUUGGCGCUAUUUCGUUCACCAUGGUGUUGUCACGGAAGAAUGUGAUCCAUACUUCGACACCACUGGUUGCUCCCACCCAGGUUGUGAGCCUGGUUACCCUACUCCAAAGUGUGUAAGGAAAUGUGUGAGCGGAAACCAACUUUGGAGACAAUCAAAGCAUUAUGGUUCAAAUGCCUACAGAGUCAAAUCGGACCAAUAUCAGAUCAUGGCUGAACUCUACAAGAACGGACCUGUUGAGGUGGCUUUCGAUGUUUAUGAGGAUUUUGCUCAUUACAAGUCGGGGGUUUACAAACAUGUAACUGGGCAAUACCUUGGAGGACACGCUGUGAAGCUGAUUGGAUGGGGAACUUCAGCUGACGGAGAGGAUUAUUGGCUUUUAGCGAAUCAGUGGAACAGAAGCUGGGGUGAUGACGGAUACUUCAUGAUCAGCCGGGGAACCAACGAAUGUGGCAUUGAAGAAGAUGUGGUGGCUGGCUUGCCUUCACCCAAGAACAUGUUCAAGGUGGUAACUGAAUCAGAUGAUGCUGGUUCUGCCUCCAUAUAAACCAUAUGAUUAUUUCUCACUGAUUGGCUUCAAUAACGUUUCAAAAUCUGCAUUGUUGCUGGAAAUGUACACUAUUUGUCAUAUUUGAUAUCCAGUGCUCAUUUACUGUUAUCAAUAUUGUAUUUUGUGAUUCAGAACAUCAAUGAAGAUUGUAAUAUUCCCGUUAUACAGGAUUACAGGGACCAUGAAUUCUCAGAAUCAGUCUCUGGUAGUAGUUUAUUACAUGUAAAUAUGCCUUUGAAAGAGAAAACUCUGUAAUUAGUUGUCUAA